CUGUUCCCAUUUCAGACCCGCGACUUUACACGUCGAUGCUGCAUCACUUGUGGAUAAAGGCGCAUCCUUUUUCUGAAUAAAGCGUUUUUCUCUUUCAUUCAGGAAACCUAGGGAACGCACAGAGGUUUUUCUCGUUUUUCAUUUGUUGUGUUUUCUGAAGCGAAAAUGGCUGAGGUUUUGACCAAGGCGAGUUUGGUUUCUUCAUGGCGUCGUGGGGAUGGUCAACAGCAGUAUCAUCAUCAUCGAAGGGUUCCCAAGAGUUGUAGCUUGGUUUCUGGGGUGGGAAAGUUCCCUUCUUUGAAAUUGAAGUCUCAGAUUGUCAGAUCUUCGUCCUCUUCUUCUGAGUUUCAGGGUAAAAAGCUUGUCUUGCAUGGAAAUAGAGGAAUACCCGUCAGGCUCAAUUCGCGAUUGAGACCUUCAACGGGGCCUCAGAUGAACCUAAGAAUAGGGAAAGUUCAGAAAUGGUGGGAAAAGGGGCUUCAACCCAACAUGAGAGAGGUCACUUCAGCAGAAGAUCUUGUGGAAUCACUGUUAAACGCAGGGGACAAAUUGGUGGUAGUUGAUUUCUUCUCUCCUGGUUGUGGUGGCUGCAAAGCCCUUCAUCCUAAGAUAUGUCAAUUAGCAGAGAUGAAUCCUGAUGUUCAGUUCCUUCAGGUGAACUAUGAGGAGCAUAAGUCCAUGUGUUACAGCCUCAAUGUCCAUGUUCUUCCAUUCUUCCGCUUUUAUAGAGGUGCUCAUGGUCGAUUAUGCAGCUUUAGCUGCACCAAUGCCACGAUCAAGAAGUUUAAAGAUGCAUUGGCCAAACACACCCCAGAUAGGUGCAGCUUGGGCCCAACCAAAGGGUUAGAGGAGAAAGAGCUCCUUGCUCUCUCUGCCAACAAAGAUCUUUCCUUCACCUACUCACCAAAACCUUUACAACCUGCACAUGCCCCCACAAAUGAAGAGUUUUCAACCAAAAAUGCUCCUGCUUCUUGUUCAGGAUCUCUUCCUUUAGCUUCAUUGACCCUUAAUUCUGAGGUCUUCAAGGAGAGAACUUUGAUCACUUCUGGGAGAUGACGUGGUCAGCUUGUAAGCAAAACCACUCUUCUGACUCCAUCCCUUGUACAGUGUAGAUUUGGUUUGGUGUAAUAUCUUCAUGUAGUAUAUUAGUGAGAAUCAUUGAAGAUCAAGUUAUAGAUAGUAGUAUCAAUAUGAUAGUGUGUAUUCCUCCGAGGCAUGUCUUUUUGGAUCCAUGCCUUGCUGAGAUUUGGGAAAUUGGAAGCUGUAGAAUUGUUACUUUUUUUGUGUGUUUGAGGAAUUGCUUCCUAUUGUAAAAUGAAUGUCAUUUUUUUCAUCAAUGGAUAUUUUGUUUCUAUUUCUGAACCA